UAUUGAGUUAGUUGGAGAUUCGAAGUACUCUUUCCAAUUGAUUAAACCUUACGGUUGGUGCACAUUAUUUUUUUUUUCUCUUUUGUAUCCAAAUGAUAAUAGCAUUUCGGCAAUUCCCUUCUUUUCACCCUAUAUUUUGAGCCUUCUCUUUCAUGGGUUGUUUGUUGCCCUUUGCAUCCAUUGAAAAGCUUUGGUUUUUGCAUUGAUUUCCUUUUUUUUUUUUUUGUCAUUUUGUCAAGUGCCCAUUUGCUUGUGCUCCUUGUUUUGGGUUUUAAAGUUUUCUUCUUUUUGGGUCUCAGGCAUUGAUUAGCUUUGGUUUUUCUUCAAGCACCCAUAUUUUUUUUUCUGGUCCUUGGUUUGAGGUUCCUCUUUACUUCUUCCUUUUCUCCCUUUAAAUAUACCUACCUGCAUUUGUUUUGAUUGCAUGGUUGGUUCUUCAAAUAUGUAGGCCAUGAUUAUGUUGGAGAAUGAAGGAUUGAUUAAACUAGGGGAAUUCUCUUGCUACUAAGGUUAUUUUGAGAUUGCAAUAUGACGGCAGUGCCUAAACAGAGAGUUAUGGCUAUAAAGUCUUACCACAGUCAGGCUCAGAUGUUGGUUAAGAACUACUUAUUGGCAGAUCCCUUCAUUCCAUACACUUCCAUCCUUGGUGGCAUUCUUGCUUGCAAAGUGGCCUAUGAUCUUACCCAGUUAAUCAGCAACUUUUACAUCAAGACUUACCCCAGUCUAACUAAAAUUCAACGAGUAGAGUGGAACAAUCGUGGCAUCUCUACAAUUCAUGCCAUUUUUGUAUCCGCUUUGUCAUUGUACUUCGUUUUCUGGUCGGAUCUCUUUUCUGACCAACAGCUUGCUGGUCUUGUUGUCUUCCGAAGCUCACCACUCUCUACUUUCGGAUUAGGGGUUUCUGUUGGAUACUUCCUUUUGGAUCUUGGAAUGAUUUUGUGGUUAUAUCCCUCUUUAGGUGGAAUGGAAUAUGUUAUCCAUCACUCACUUUCUGGAAUUGCAGUGGCAUAUGCGAUGUUUACUGGAGAAGCACAGCUUUACACAUACAUGGUUCUUAUAUCUGAGGUGACAACUCCAGAGAUUAAUAUGAGAUGGUAUCUUGAUACAGCUGGCAUGAAGAGGUCCAGCGCAUAUCUCAUUAAUGGUGUUGUCAUCUUUUUUGCUUGGCUGAUUGCAAGAGUUCUGCUGUUUGGCUACAUGUUCUACCAUGUGUACUUGCAUUAUGAUCAGGUGAUCCAGAUGCAUACCAUUGGUUAUGUCUUGGUUUUUGGGGUGCCAUCAGUAUUAGCUACCAUGAACUUGAUGUGGUUUGGGAAAAUUGUUAAAGGUUUGGUGAAGACUUUAGCAAAGAGGCAAUAACGGAUACCAGAGGAAGUAGACAUGAAUCGAAUAUCUUCUGAUAUUGUUCUGUCAAAGCUUUGUAUAUUUUUCUACUUCUGCAAUGUAUAAAUGAUAGAGAAAAGGUCAAAAUCUGAGUACCAAAGAAAAAUGAAUCUGAUCUGAUUUUUUCCAGUUGCUGGAGAUAGACAUUGCUGUAAAUUAUUCCAAUUUAAUAUACUAUUUCAGUAAUUACUUCAAAUGUCUGGUUCAGAGUUGUCUUA